ACGUAAACUCACUAUAAAAAGUGCCAGCCACAUGCGUACACGCAAGAGGAGGAAAGAUAAAUCCUGCUUGAGAAAACUUGGCCUAAUAUAUGACCUAAAAAUAACCUAAUAUAUAUUUUUCAAUAAUUCGGGAUGACCUGACGUUAGUAACACAAUGGUAACUCCAGCUGUUCGCAUGUUUCGGAGGGUAGAGGGUCUGUUUUGUGUGUACAAACCCUCCGGUCUUCACUGGAAACUCGUUCGGGACAACAUCGAGACAAAUCUUCUUAAAGGUAUAAACGCUGCACCGUCCCAACCUUGUCCUCAAGAGAUCCGUUUCUUGGCACAUCCAGGAAGUGAUACUGAAGCACCCAAGGGACUCACUCUGUCUGUAGCUUCUGUGCCUGUUCUGUCCAAACAUCCUCUGGUAACUGGACCUAAAUUCGACCGUAUUCAAGUGGGAGUAGGUCAUCGCCUGGACGCCUUUUCCUCUGGUGUUCUAGUUCUUGCAGUUGGGAAUGGAAACAAGUACCUGAAUGAUCUCUACAAAACACGAAUCACAAGGGAUUACACAUUGGAAGGUGAGUUCGGGACCGCAACAGAUGAUUUCUCUCACAUGGGUCGUGUUGUGGAAAGGUCCACCUAUGAUCACAUCACACAGGAUAAGCUGAACAAAGUGCUGGCCAUGCUGCAGGGAGCCAAUCAGAAGGCCUUGUUAAUGUAUUCCAAUGUCGACAUGCGUUCACAGGAAGCCUAUGAGAUGGCUGUUAUGGGUUUACUGGGUCCGGAGGGGAAAUCGCAGCCUAUUUUGACAGGCCUGCGUUGCAUUCGCUUCCAACCGCCCAACUUCACUUUAGAGGUGCAGUGUCUAAAUGAAACUCAGAAAUUUUUGCGCAAAGUUGUGCACGAGAUAGGACUUGAGCUGCGAAGCAAUGCAGUGUGUAAAGGAGUGAGACGGACCAGAGAUGGACCCUUUACACUGCAGGAUGCCCUGACACAUCACCACUGGACUGUUUCUGAUGUCAUGCAGGCCAUCAAACAAUACAAUUCAUCUAUGAAAAAAAAAAAAUACUCCAAAUCACAAACCAAGACAUCAGGAUUACAGCCAGUGGAAGAGAAUACGCCAGCGCGUCAACAAAAUGAAACCAAUGAAGGAGCAGUGGGAGCAGGUGGAAUUAAAUGACUUGCUGCUGUCAUCAGCAGUUGAUAUGAGCCACUCUGGUCCAUGAUCACAAAAAUGAUGCAAAAAAAAGAUUACUAUGAGGCUGGAUACUGCAUCACUUUGAUUUAAGCUCAGCUGGACAAAGUGAUUUCAAAGACCAGAGACACAAUUUCUGAAAGAGAACGUUAGUAUCAGAUUGGACACAAUUCAUUACAUUAUGCAUUUGUUUAAUAAGCAGACUUCUCUCCAUCUACAGAUAAUUUCUGUUUAUCAUGGAAAUGUUCCAGUGCUUUCACCAUUGUUGUAUGUUGUGCAGGUAAUUUUAACAUAUUUACCAAAUCUUUAUAUGAAAGUGGUUUAUUUUUAUCUUGAAAUAAACUGAAAAAGAAUUUGACCGAAAACUUUAA